GCUGGAGCAGAAUACGUUUUUUCAGUUUUAAUCGCACUUUUCCACCACCGAUUUUCCCGGGAAACGGACAGCCGAACGUUGGAACGGGCGUUGCUGGACGGUAAACUUUGAGCUGAGAGGGUGAAUUCGGAGGAAUGGCGAUCCACACAUGUGAAGCUCUUCGUGCGUGUAGUCCUCCCUUGUUUACCUCAAUUAAGUUGGCUCCUAAUUGCAUUCGAAACUGCAAAUUUUAUGUUCGAAAUUGUCUGAAAAACCCAAAUAACUCACGAAAGUUAGUUUUGAAAGUGAAGGAGAAGCUUGAAAAGGAGCAUUAUAGUCUGCCAGUUGGAAAAAAUGGAAGAGACGACGAAGACAUGAUUCUCUGGUAUCUAAAGGACCGGAGAUUUUCUGUUGAAGAAGCUGUCGCUAAGUUGACAAAAGCUAUUAGAUGGCGUCAAGAGUUUGGAGUGUCUGAUUUAUCUGAAGAUGCGGUGAAAAGUAUGGCUGAGACUGGAAAAGCCUAUGUGCAUGACUUUCUUGACGUUAAUGACAGACCAGUGCUCAUCGUGGUGGCAUCCAAGCACUUUCCUGCAGUGCACGAUCAGCAUGAGGAUGAGAAACUCUGUGUAUUUUUGAUUGAGAAGGCAUUGAGCAAGCUUCCAGCUGGGAAAGAACAAAUACUAGGAAUCUUUGAUCUCCGGGGCUUCGACACCAAAAAUGCAGAUCUCAGUUUUUUAACUUUCUUGUUUAAUGUAUUUUACUAUUAUUAUCCAAAGCGGUUGGGUGAAGUUCUCUUUGUGGAAGCUCCUUUUGCCUUUAAGCCUAUUUGGCAGCUAGUAAAGCCCUUGUUAAAAUCAUACGCUUCUAUGGUGAAAUUUUGCUCCAUGGAAACUGUCCGGAAGGAAUAUUUCACAGAAGCAACCAUACCGGUCAACUUCAGAGACUAAUGCAAUUACCAUAUGCAUCCUUAAGACAAGGAUAUGUUUAUAAACUUUGGCAAUGCAUUAAUAUGUAAUAUAGGAAUUAACUUUUCGCAAGUUUAAUAUUUCUGUCAAUUAAGAUUUACCUCAUUUUGCCCUAUUUAAUUUAUUGCCAUUAGCUGGAUUUCGUUUGUCUUAAGAUUAGAAAAUUGACUGACCUAUAGUAGCUCUCCACAGCAGUCGAUAAAAGCAUGAAAAGAGUUUAGUAUUGUUAAGCUUUUAAUGAAAAUUCUAGAACUAUUCCUUUCUUACUCACGCCAACAAUUGCAGGAUUUUCAAGUGCUGAGCUCAGCGUAGAGUUCUGUGUUUGCAGUUGUGAUAUACCAGAACUUGCAAAGAUCAAAAAGGGGUUUGAAAAUGGUCCAAGUCUGCUCUCUAGGAAGGACAUUGAUGAGUUCUCCAGCUUAUAGAAGAACAAACUGCUCCACAAGUUGCAGAAACUGAAACAAAUAGGGGUACCAUUUCUUUUCCCUGUAGUUACAAAUCUGUAUACUGUACCUACAUGCAAUUUGCAUUAUACCAUAUAAAUGGUAGCUCAUUCUACAGAGUUGGAAGAGAAUGUCUACAGUAUCGAGUUCUU